AUACCUUGAGCCCAGUGCCCUGGGAAGAAGCAGCUGCCACUCAGACAGACAGACUCCACAACUAAGGAUAUAACAGUGCAGUGCCGGGACAGCAGCCGCCCGACGACCCCCCCAGCUGUUUCUCUGGAGCGUAAACCUUACCGGUUAAGCUUCCCAAGAUGGACCUGAGGGUAACCAGCGUCCUCCUCGUCCUCCUAGCUUUGGCUGAGGCGACCCCCAACAGGUACCAUGUGCCAAAAGUGAGCAAGGCUGCCUACCCCGUCAAGAGUCACGCCGUUGCAGGCCAUCCAGGUCCUCCAGGUCCUCCAGGUGAGCCAGGAGCAAUGGGACCAUCUGGACCUCCUGGAAAGAGUGGUACAGGACAUACUGGACCACAAGGCCAAGCAGGUCCACCCGGACCCCCUGGCUACUCUCAAGCAGGUAAACCCGGUUCCCCAGGUAGCCAUGGAAAAUCAGGUAGCCCUGGGACCCCUGGUCUGAGAGGUGAACCUGGAGCAACUGGACCAAUGGGUGCCAGAGGUGCACCUGGUGCACAUGGAUCACCUGGACCUUCUGGACUUUCUUCUAGUGGAAAACCUGGAGCAUCUGGCCUCCCUGGCUCAAUGGGACCAAGAGGAGAGUCUGGUUUGAAGGGACAUCCUGGCAUUCCUGGUCUUCCUGGCAUCAAAGGAGAGAGAGGCAUUGGAGUUCCUGGGGUUCAAGGACCACCAGGUGGAGUUGGACCAAUGGGCCCAUCUGGAAUGCCUGGCAAAUCUGGAGUUGGUAUACCUGGUGCCACUGGCUAUCCUGGAGAACCUGGCAAGGGUGGUGUGCCAGGAAGAGAUGGUGCUCCUGGGCCAAUGGGUAUGCAAGGACCAAAGGGUCACACUGGGCAUCCAGGUGCAGGAGCAUCAGGAAAGCCAGGCCAGAAUGGUACCCCAGGUGUGGCUGGACCUAUGGGUUCUAAAGGUCCACAGGGUCCAGCUGGUCAACCAGGCUCCCCUGGCAUGCCAGGUGUAGGCAAAACGGGCGAACCUGGAAUACCAGGUAGCAGAGGAUCCCCCGGUACUUCAGGAACCACUGGUCAGAAAGGAGAGCCAGGCCCAACUGGUUAUACUGGUCAGCCAGGUGCUUCUGGUCCUAUUGGCCCAGCUGGUCCACAGGGUGCAAGGGGAUUCCAGGGUGAGGGAGGCCCCAAUGGACCCAAAGGCGACACUGGUAUGGUAGGUGCACCAGGCCCAAGGGGAACCAAGGGUGAGCAGGGAGCUCAGGGUUUCACUGGAAAACCAGGUGCCCCUGGGGCAGUAGGUCCUUCAGGAAUUCCAGGGCAUAAUGGUCCUCAGGGUCAAAAGGGUACACAAGGCCAUACUGGUUCCCCAGGAAUCCCAGGCGGAAAUGGUGCCCCAGGACUAAAAGGACACACAGGCCCCUCAGGAGGACCAGGAAAAAGUGGUGAGAAUGGAAGGCCAGGACCCAUGGGACCAGGUGGGCCCUCCGGUCCAGCAGGUCCCACUGGACUUAAGGGUCAUCCAGGUCUUCCAGGCACACCUGGCCCAGCUGGCCUGACAGCUAAGGGAAUUUCUGGUCCUCAGGGUCCACCUGGAAUUCCAGGUCCCAGAGGUCAAGAUGGUCACCCAGGCGCCGCCGGUCAACCUGGUCAACCUGGCCCACCAGGAGAGGUGGUCUACCACCAUGAGAAGAGCAUGCCAGUCAAGUCCCACGAGGUUGUGAUGUCUCAUGAGAUGAUGAAGGCCCCCAUGUCCGCCUUCAGUGCUGUGCUGACCAGAGCCUACCCCGAAGCUGCAGCCCCUAUUCCGUUCAACCAGGUUCUUUACAACGGGGAGCAGCACUAUGACGAGCACAGCGGCGUGUUUACCUGCCAGAUCCCAGGCCUCUACUAUUUCAGCUAUCAUGUGCAUGUCAAUGGUGCCAAUGCGUUGGUGGCCCUCUACAAAAACGAGGACCCAGUUCUUUUCACCUAUGAUGAGUACAACAAAGGCUUCCUGGAUCAGAUGUCUGGCAGCACUGUUCUUAUGCUGAACCCUGGUGACAGAGUCUACGUCCAGGUCCCCGAUGAGGAGAGCAAUGGCAUAUUUGCAGCAGAUAAUGUUCACUGUGCUUUCUCUGGGUUCUUGAUUGCCUCAACGUGAUUUCACAAAUCCAAAUAAACCUCAAAACCUUACAAAAAAUUGAACUACUCAGACAAACAGAUCAGUUUAUAAAAUUCCAAAUUGAGAUUGUUCGAUUUAAAAAAACUCAUAUGGUUGUAAGUUUAACUGCCUCAUUGAAAUCUUUAUAAUUUGCUAACAAAUGACUCGACUGACAGAGGUAUUAAUGCUGAGUACAAUUUUUAAAUAUAUGGUUCAAAAUGAUCCCUUUCCCCAUCAGUUCACUAUGUGUGUGCUUUUGCAAUUUUAAGAAACAUGCAACAACAUUGGAAGAUAUCUCAAGUGGUGCUUUACAACUGCCUGUAACAUUUACAGCAUGUCUUGUAUUUGUGUUUGUUUUUAUAAUGUCUGUUGUUUAAGAAUUUUCCUGUGAUAUACAUACAAAAGACACACAAAACUGUUGUACUAUAUGUUAUUAGAUAUUCUCACAAGCACUGUGAUCAGCAAAACAACACAGAAUGAGAAAUUCAAACUGCAUUUUGUUUUCAAAAAUGUCCAAUUGGAUGUGUUAAGUUAUGUACCACUUACUGACCAAAACACAGAAUAAAACUUCUAGUUUGAAAAAAAAAAAA